UCUCUCUCUCUCUCUCUCCCCUCUUCAUCCUUCUGAUUCAGUGCAGAAGAACAUCCCUCGCCGGUGGCAGCGUUCCGAAGACAAAGGAACCCAUGGAAUCGUGUGUUCCUCCUGGAUUCAGGUUUCAUCCGACGGAUGAGGAGCUCGUUGGCUACUAUCUUAAGAAGAAGGUGGCUUCUCAAAAGAUAGACCUGGAUGUUAUCAGAGAUAUCGAUCUCUACAGAAUCGAGCCAUGGGAUCUCCAAGAACGGUGUCGGAUCGGAUACGAAGAGCAGAGUGAAUGGUACUUCUUCAGCCACAAGGACAAGAAGUAUCCAACAGGUACAAGGACGAACAGGGCCACCAUGGCCGGCUUUUGGAAGGCGACCGGGAGAGACAAGGCGGUCCACGACAAGAACAAGCUCAUCGGCAUGAGAAAGACCCUCGUCUUCUACAAAGGACGGGCGCCAAACGGGCAGAAGACCGAUUGGAUCAUGCAUGAGUACAGGCUCGAAUCCGAGGAGAACGGAGCGCCACAGGAAGAAGGAUGGGUCGUGUGUCGCGCAUUCAAGAAACGAGCCACUUGCCCUGCGAGGAGCGUGGCCGCCAUUUGGAACUCCGGCUACUGCUACGAUGAGCUCGACAGGAUGAACUCCAUGGUUAAUCCGAUGAUGUGCCUACAGAAGCAACCCAUGAGUUUGCAGUGCAAGCAAGAGACUGAAUUCGAGGAGCUGCAUCUCUUACACCCCUCCCAGUUCGUGCAGCUGCCCCAGCUGGAGAGCCCAUCCCUGCCUCUGGUGAGUCAACCCAGCUCGAAGAUGACGGUGUUGGAGAAAGAGGACGAGCAGCAACAGCAGCAAGCGGGGAUGUCGAGCGGCAUGGGGAGUGUGACAGACUGGAGGGCGCUCGACAAGUUCGUGGCGUCGCAGUUGAGCCACGAGGGUGGCAGUUUCGUGAGCGAACAGGUGGUCUCGGAUUUUGGUGUAGAUAAUGACUCGGAGAUGGCACUGCUGUUGCUUCAAAGCGAGAGGGAAGGCUUCAACGAGUUCAUCGGCUCAGGCGAACCUGACUGCGACAAAGGCAUCUGUAUAUUUGAGCAAUGAAUCUGCUGAUGUAUAAGGAGCAGCAUAAGGUGUUUGAUCCAACCCCUGCCAUUUCUUCUUCUUCUUCUUCUUCUUAAUAUGUAAGCUUUGGAUUGGCUAUCGCUGAGCUUUUCUUGUAUAAAGAUUUAAAUGAAGCUCCUUGCCUUGUUUAUCUA